UUGAGCAUGCGCAGUUCGUGUCCUUCCAACACCGCCGGCCUUUUCCCGCCCUUCUCUGGCCUUAGGAGGAAAGUCAGAGUUCACGCUCCUCUGGGGAUAUACCUGCGAUGCCAGGGGAAUACGAGGACCAGUAGGUUGCAGACGUCAUUUUGAUCCUGAAUCCGAAGUGUCAACGAAUAUACUCUGGGACUUCUAGCUAGGCCGAGGGCCAGGAGGCGGGAAAGGGCUGUGUGGGUGGAGGGUCAGAGGUGAGAGGUCAGAGGGCUAGCGAAGGGGGAGGAGCGAGCCGGAGGCGGAUGGCGGCUCUUCAUCGCGGGCUGCACAGUUGCUGAAGCUGGGACGCGGGUCCGGCGCGUCCGGCGGAAGGAGGAGAACGGCGGCCGCUCCCAACAUGCACAGCCUGGCCACGGCGGCGCCUGUGCCUACUGCACUGGCACAAGUGGACAGAGAGAAGAUCUAUCAGUGGAUCAAUGAACUGUCCAGUCCUGAGACGAGGGAAAAUGCUUUGCUAGAGCUAAGCAAGAAGCGAGAGUCUGUCCCUGACCUUGCACCCAUGCUGUGGCAUUCAUUUGGUACUAUUGCAGCACUUUUACAGGAAAUUGUAAAUAUUUACCCAUCUAUCAACCCUCCAACCUUGACAGCACACCAGUCCAACAGAGUUUGCAAUGCUUUAGCCUUGCUGCAGUGUGUGGCCUCCCACCCGGAGACCAGGUCAGCUUUUCUUGCAGCACACAUCCCACUAUUUUUGUACCCCUUUUUGCACACAGUCAGCAAAACUCGUCCCUUUGAAUAUCUUCGGCUCACCAGCCUCGGAGUUAUUGGGGCCUUGGUUAAAACAGACGAACAAGAAGUAAUCAACUUUUUAUUGACAACAGAAAUCAUCCCUUUGUGUUUGCGCAUUAUGGAAUCUGGAAGUGAACUUUCUAAAACGGUUGCCACAUUUAUCCUCCAGAAGAUCCUCUUGGAUGACACUGGUUUGGCCUAUAUUUGUCAGACAUAUGAGCGUUUUUCCCAUGUUGCCAUGAUCUUGGGUAAAAUGGUCCUGCAGCUCUCCAAAGAACCGUCUGCCCGUCUACUGAAGCAUGUAGUAAGAUGUUACCUUCGACUCUCAGAUAAUCCCAGGGCACGUGAAGCACUCAGACAAUGCCUCCCUGACCAGCUGAAGGACACAACCUUUGCCCAGGUGCUAAAAGAUGACACCACCACGAAACGCUGGCUUGCACAGCUGGUAAAGAACCUGCAAGAGGGCCAGGUCACCGAUCCCCGGGGAAUCCCCCUGCCUCCUCAGUGAUCCUCCCUUUCCCUCCCACUGCUCCCCUAAGUUGGGGAGCAGGGGUGGAACCUGUGAGGAAAACAGCUCAGGUUUUAUUGCCGACUGGGAAUAGACAACCUCAACGCUGAACCGCACUGGAGAAAAGGGGCAAGGUACCCCGCUGAGGUGUGUGGGCUGACUGGAGGUCCUGGAUCCCCCUGCUGCUCCCAGGAAUUGUGCUCCUGACACAGCAGUCUGCCGCCACAGCCCCAGGAGGGUGUCAACACCAGCAAAUGCUGUAUUUGCAGCAUGCCCAAGACGACCCUGCUCCUGAACCUCUACCUAGCCACUGGUGGAGGAGACAUGGUCAUAGGAGUAACGCUCUAGGCAUGGGGAGCGCCUGGGACCAAGCCGUGUGGCUUUUUUUACUUUGCCUUCCUGGAAGACUCAAGAUGUGUCUCUUGAUUCUCUCUCUCUCUCAGUAUUUGUUUACUUUGGGUUUUUGUUUUUAAUCUCAAGAGAGAGGUGUGUUUAAUGGACACAAGCUGUAGUUUUCAGCAAAACUUUGUCAAUUGGCACUGUUUACAAGUCUGUUAGCUGCAUAAGCUCAAUAAAAAGUUGGUCUGGGCAUUGUAUCCCCUCUGGCAGACAGAUAGCUGCAUCAGGCUGUUGGGCGGACUGGGAGGCAGGGGAAGAGGAAAGCCAAGAAUAAGCAGGAGCUCUCAACCUGUUGCCCUCUGCUCCCGUCCUUUCACUUCCAAGCCUGGCUGCCGUGAGGACCUUAACCUUGGUUCUGGCUCUAGCUGCUAGCUUUCCAAACUCAGUGUUUCUUUCCCUUUCUUUUAACCACUUAAACUUUAAGCGGAUGUCUUAAUUUACCCAGCUUUCCUGGAAGAGUAUCGUACUGGGGCAGGAGGGAUGGCAGUCUUCAGAUCAGGUCUUCAAAGAUGAUUUCUGGGUAUCUUCUCAAGGGAGGCAAGCACCUGGAUCCCGGUCGUAGGCUCUGUGAUCUCAUUCUCCCGGUGUGAGUUUCAACAGCGCCAUUUCUCCUCGUGAUUAUACUUGAAACAGUAUUAGCUGAAUGAGUUUCUUCAGAUUUAAGAUGAAUGGCUGGACUCUGCUGGCUCAGUCUCCUCUCCCCCUUUAACAGAUUUUCUUUGGGCUAUGGAAACUACAGGGUUGCCACUAACUGUUGUUUACUUGUUGAUAAUGUGUCGGAGUUCCCUUCCGUCUCCAUGGGCUUGAAUCUAUAAUCGAUUGUCAACUGCCUUUCGUUCUGUGACCGUUCCCAUGUCAGCGCUUGCUCUUGCUCUCUCCUCCUCAUCUCCAAAGAUGGGAUAUUGAUCCAGCUCUAGAGAGAGAUGAAGUCUUCAGCCAUGUCUCACACACUUGAAGAUGUCUGUAACGAGUUUGAGGAAGUUCUAUAAAGGGAUGGAUGCUCAAAGAAACCUUUGUAGAGGCAUUUGAGCCAACCCAAGGGCUCUUCAAGCCGACUUUCACUAAGGGAGCCGGCCUUGUUAGUUGGCUUCUGUCUCUAGAGCCAAGAAAGUAGGAAUUAAGUUGCCUAGACUUAGGAAGGAUAGAAUAAGCACUUAUUCCCCUGCCUUCCCAAUUGAAGAAGAGAACCUGGCCUCAGGCCUGAAGAGGAAAGACACUUUAGAGAAAGCCGAAACAACAUCAACUUAAUAGAUGUUUUGACUCACUCCAGUUUGUGAUCUGAAAAGUUUAACUAGGGUACCCUGAUUUUUGAAAUCUGCCUUCCUGCUGAGCCAAAGUUUUGCAUUCCUCUCCACUGGGGGGAGCAGCUGAGGCCUGGGGCCUUGCUCCCUGGGACAUUCUCUCCAUCUUUUGGUGCAUUGGCCAUGUUACUGUGCCAAUUGUGUCUUAAUUCACGUCCCAUCUGACCUCAGCUGGCCUUGGAACCUGCAUAGGAGUUGGAUGGGGAGGGGUGUAAUGGGUCUCAUUCCCUGUGGUUGGUCCUGAUGUUGUAUGUAUUAUAUAGACACCCCUCCCCUUAUUAUGUGUUUUCCAUCUCUCUCCCUCAACAGGAUUAAAAUAAAACAUGCUCUGUUUUUUUAAA